AUGGCUUCUUAUUGUUUUAUUUUUGUUUAUAAUAUUGUGUUCCUCCUGGUUUCGGUUCUUCUUGUUUCCGCCUCUGGGGAUCACCCAAGUGUCAUUGCCUCUGUUAUCCCUUCCGUAGAUACAGGAGCUCUUGCUACAGAUAACUACGUCUGUGACACUAAGAAAAAUGUAUACACGACUCAGGUUUGGGGUCCAACUUCAGAUUGCUUAGUCUGUACAGCUUAUUGUUAUGGUGGGUGUGCUGCGUUGCGCACCCACGGAGCGUUAUCCCCGACAUGCACACGUUCAGGUAGAAACGUUCGUUGCGAAUGCUGUUGUGUAAAACCAGCAUCUCCUCCACCACCCCCGUCAUGUCCUCCUCCUACUCCUCUUCCACCACCCCCACCAUGUCCUACACCUCCUUCGAGCGAUCAGUGUGAAAAUGGAGAUACAUACACAGAGACUACGAUGCCAAGCUCAAAUUGCGUUGAUUGUACAAAUUGGUGUAAAGAAGAUUGUUCGGAGUUAGGAGGGCGUGUGAUCGAGAACAAGUGCGCCAUAGGUGAAUCUAAAUUUGUAAGGCGUUGCAAGUGUUGCUGUCGUGGAGGAAAGUCUGCUCUAAAGUUGUCCUAGUUUUCCUUCGGAUGUUACAUGGACCAUGCGAC